AUGGACCUACCUGACAAUACAACAGAGAUAACGCGUGAUUCUUCCCCGAUAUGUACAAUAGUAAAGGACGAAAUUGACAUCGAGGAAUGCGCCAGUAAUGAAGAGCAGAUUAACGGUUGCUGUAUAUGUGGCGACGUCCACUGUACAAAUUCUUCCAAUGGGGACAAUUCUUCCCAAUGGGUUCAGAGCAUCCUUCUGUUUGCGACUUUGCUCCAAAAACACUUUCCAGCUCAGGGAGGGAUUAAAUUUGAUAAUUUGGCGACCUGUUCCCGGUGCGAGGGCAUGAUCAACGGUGUCUGGAGUCUGUGUCAACAAAUAGAUUUGAUAAAAAUAGAGAUUCAAGAUGUCUUGGAAAAGGCUGCGCAACUUAUGACGGAUCCAAAACGAUCCAUUAUCUCGCAGCCAGUAUCUCAACCUGGGUCUCUACCGUCUCGAAAUCAGUCACCAGAUCCAGACGGCCAAGCGGAGAUAAACACAAGCCAUUCUAACGACGAGGAUAAUAUUGUUCCUUCCCAAUUUGAGGAAGUUGAGGUCCCAAACUUUUUUGAAGGUUAUGGAGGUAGGGAAGAAUACAUCAUUCCUGAUAAUGGACCUCAUCUUGAGAGGGUAGAUGGCUUAGAAGUAGAGACUGAAAAAGAAGAAGAAGAAAUUGAGGUUCAGGAAAUAAUUAGCGUUUCUAGUGGUUCAGAAGAUGAUAGUUCUUCGAAAGUUUCUGAAGACGCUUCCUCAUCGGAUCAAUCCACACGAAGAUCCCUGAACUCUCUUAAUAAUGGUAAAAGGAAGAAAAAAACAUCUUAUAAAAAAUCGCCUCCCCAAAAGUCUAGUCGUUACGAAUCCAAGAAGCGAUCCAAGUCCACCACUUUAUUUGCAUCCACUCCUUCCUACUCUACAACAAGGCAUACAAAUGCCAGGACAUACUCGGAAUUUGUUUGUGAACGAUGUCGCAAAGAUUUCCACUCGGAGCGACAAUUAGACCAACACAGUGCUAAAAUUCAUUCCCUUCACUAUUGAGAAAUUUGUCGAAAAAUCUUUCAAAUUCGACGAGAUCUCACAGCUCAUAUGAGUGAAGCGCAUGGAUACUGAUAUUUCUAAAACAUUUUAUCUGCGACAAACUUCUUUGCAGUAAGGUCAAAGUAUUCACCCUAAAAAAUAAGUAGAUAUUUAUAUCGCACUGUUUAAACUUUGUGCGUUACACAAACGGCAUUAGAUAAUUUCGUUGUCUAAUGUAAUGUUAGAAUUAUUUUUGUACACAUUUUUAACUACUCAAGAGAGCUACGGAAUUUUGUAAUUUACAUAUCAAAAUGUGAUGUGAUGAUAUGUACAUAAGUACAUAUGAAUGCUGUACAUAUCUAUGUACAUAUUUAAUCGCAAUCCGUAUGUAAAGUUUGUCCAAUGUUUCUACCAAAAUGUGCUAACAUCUUGUGUUUAUUCUUAGCAAUAUUUUUAUAUUUAUUUAAUUCUAGUACUUCUUUAUGUUAUAAUUUCUUUUAAAGUUAGUUAUCUGUUAUGCCAGACACAUAAUAAAUGUUCUAAUGCUAUCAAA